AUGUCUCGCUUCCUGUCCGUUGUCUCACUUGCCUGCGUGGCUGCCUCCGCCGUCUCCGGCGUGGUUGUGUUCCCCCGUGCCGAUGUGCCCUCCACAUACGACGAAGGUUAUCUCGAACCAUAUGCCCAGUACCACUCGCGGUACUUAGCUCUUGAUUGCGAAGAUCAGCACGACACCGACCUCUUUGCGACUUGCUGCCACCCGAUGCUGGCGUCUCAGAGUCUGUCAGACCGCCCUGCCGAAUGCAAUCCGUGGUCCUCGUCGAGUUCCAGCUCGACUACUUCCUCCACGAGCUCUGAGGAGCAGUCGAGCAGUCAAGUGUACUCGGGUGGAUAUGCGACGUACUUCUACCAGAACGGCGUCGCAGGCGCCUGCGGUACCGUUCACGGUGACUACGACAUGAUCGCUGCUAUUGACCAGGACCGCUACGGCAACUCCGGCGCCGUGUCGUCUCUGUGCGGCAAGCAGGUGAAGAUCACCAACACCGAAAACCAAAAGACCGUGACGGUCACCAUUGCGGAUGACUGCCCCACCUGCGAUAACAGUAACUCGAUCGACCUUUCGGUCGGUGCCUUCGAAGCAAUCGCCGAUCUGUCUCAGGGCAUCGUCUCGAUUGAUUGGGAGUACGUGAACUAAAUGCACCGUCCUGAUCGCUCUCUGAGUCUUUGAGAGACUCAGCUUUUAUGUGGUGCAACAUCUGCAGUCCAUUCAUGGCUCUGGUAGUAUUUUUUGUUGCAAUGCUGUGCAUCGUAUGUCAUAACGGUCGCGAGGUGCUGGCCACCUCUGUCCCGUUUC